UUCACACACACUAACACAACCACCGCCGGGACACAUGAUGCACACCCUCGUGACGGUAGCCGUGGUGCUCACCGCGUUGCUGGCGGUGUCGGCGCAGCAGUACCAGCGGCCCGGCAGCAAUUACGUCGACGAUUACGCGCAGUACGACUCGCAGGGUCCGAGCCAGCCUAGCCCGCGCAGCUACGCGCCGAACGACGUGCCGUCCCGACAAGCGGCGGCGCCGGAGAACCCGAAGCCGACGGCGCCGGUCGCGAUCCUGAAGCAGAUCAAUCGCCACAAUGAGGACGGUUCGUACACGUACGGCUUCGAAGGCGCGGACGGCUCCUUCAAGAUCGAGACGAAGCUGCCGACCGGCGACGUCAGGGGCAAGUACGGCUUCGUCGACGACACUGGCAAGGUCCGCGUGGUCGAGUACGGCGCGAACCAGUACGGCUUCCAACCCGCCGGCGAAGGCAUCACCGUCGCCCCGCCGACCUUGAUCGACGAAACCACCAACAAGGACGGUGUUCAGAUUCAGGAACAGGAUUACGAUUAUCAGCAACAACAGCCACAACAGCAGGCACCUCGUCCAGCCUACAGACCCCAACAACAGGCGCACACCCAAGCUGUGUACGCACCUGCGCAGGUAGCUCCGAGCAGACCCGCUCUUCCGAAAUCGCCCAUCUUCACGCCGGCCGCACCGGCACCGCGGAAUCCGGGCUACGACGAGCCAGCGCCGAGUUCCCAGCUUUAUAAUCAGGGACCGGCACAGUUCAGCCCGGCGCCGGACCAGGAGCGCCGCUCUCAGCCGCAGCCGCGCAGCGGAGCAGGCGGUAUCCUGGAUCAACUUGCCAGGGACUACGCCUUGCCUCAGGGAGUCGCACCGCCGCUACACGACAUCAGCUUUGGCUAUUACUAGAUCGUCUCUAGUCCCGUGUCCAGCGGAGAAUGUGAGAGAGAGAGAAAGACAGCCUGAGCUCAGUCGACGAUCUCGGGAGAUCCUAGAGUCUAUGACAAUUCUUGUAGGAAGUACUCCGCAUAGAGAAUAUUUUACGGUCUAAUUGCGAUCUGGUCCGACAUCUCAAAAUAAUUAUGGAUUCUACUCUGUUGGAAAAACAUCAGGUGAGAAUCUAUACAGGAAAUCCAUAUGGAAUCCCACGAUUGUCUCUAAGGAUUUGGAUCUCAAAAUCCAGGUCUUAGGUAUCAAUCUACGUGAAUUUUGAAUAUUCCAUAUGGAGUUUUCUUGGAUUUCCACCUGGAAGUUUUUAACAGAAUAAUUCGGAGAUCUACGUAGAUUCUGGUUAGAAGCGUCGAGCUUCAAAUAUACUAUUCACAGUGGGAGACAUAAGCAGACCUAUUUGGUCGCCUCCAAUGUUUUUCUAAAGACUUUUCCGGUUACCUGCUAUUUCACAACUUAUAGUUUGAACAAAUUAUACGAAAUGCUUUAAGUAUUUACACACUGAGAGAAAUACCUCGGAUAUCAGAACAAAAAUUCACCUGUUAUUCGAUGACCUAACAGGAAAACAGAUCCAUCCGUUACUAUUGCAAAUCAUUCAUCAAUAUUCAUCAUUUUAACUAUACACAUCGAUACAAACCAUAUUUGUUCUUGCCUACUCGUUCCCAAGCAACACGUAAACGUUCGAAGAACGUCCGCUUUACGUUCACUUGGUUUGGUUAUAUUCAAACAAAGUGGCAUUUUUGCUACAUAAGAUAUGUAUUAAAGGUUCUAAAACGUAUGUUCUUCGGACGUUCCCACUUUGUUUGAAUAUAACCAAACCAAGUGAACGUAAAGCGAACGUUCCUCGAACGUUUAUGUGCUACUUGGGAUCACAUGCGUUCCCAAGAUGGACUCAUUUCUUGUCACUAUAUCUACAAACCAUAUGUGUUACAAAGAACCGAUGACUUACAUUAACAAAACUUUUCUCUCAGUAUACUUUAUAAGCAUACACACGCUAUGCGCGCGCUAUUAAACAUAGUAACAUUAAAAAUAUAACCUUGUUUGUUGACCUCCUAAUCUGAUAUUCGGUCAAACUGUCACUCAGCAUCGCAGAAAAGACCCCGUUGAAAAUUUCCAGGUGGACUCCCUUAGAAGAACAUGAGAAUCCAUCGACAUUUAUAUAGGAAAUUCAAACUCCAAAUUGGAAAUUCAUAUAGGAAUCCAUGGAAAUUCACAUAGGAAUCUAUUUUUGGACCAAAUCUCCAAAAGCAAUCAUGAGAUCCCAUAUGGAUUCCCACCUGGUUUUUUCCGCCAGGAGAGGCUACUCAUGUUUGGGACAAGAAUGGAAUUUCCAAUUGGUAUCGUAACGGGAUAAUCUAUCUUGGCACAACGUUGGAUGUUCUAAUCAGAAUUUAUACUACAUAUCUAGGAAAAUUUAGGAAAAUUUCUCUGCGGAAAGUACUUUCUCAAUCCGUGUCAUUGUAAAUUCGUUUGACUUAUACGUGGCCAAGAACUCUGCGUCCCCGCGAGCGUCGCGAUUGAUCCCAGACUCGUCUACGUCCCGGAGCGUGUUGGUCUUGUAUUCUAUCUAUAAAUGGGACGAAAUGGAACAUCCCGAUUAAUGAUUAUCCCGGCGUGGUUGUGACGUGGCCCAUUUUUCCCGACAGCCGGCCAUAUCGCGAUCAAAAUUUGUCGCAAAUAGACCGAAGUCGGAAGUCGCAAAUCGAAAGCUGACACACUCCGUUUCGUCCGUGUGAUGCAACCGUUUAUUUAAUUAUUAUAUAAAUUUAUGAAUUAAAUCCCCCCCCCCC